UCGACUGUAUGAUGGCGUUGCGUCACUAUGAAAGGAGACACGAGACGUUUCAUAUAUUGAUUUGAGAUAUCGUUUUAUGUAACUUUUAAAGCGUAUGUUCUUUAUAUAGCACAAAGUUAAAACAUGGUGACGUGUUUUGUAGUAUUCAGGUCAAAGAUUUCGUAACAUUUGUCAUCGAGGGACACUGACGUAUAAUCAUCGGGUUGCCUCUGGUCCAGUGUCAAGAUGCCAAUAGACAGAAUGAGAAUGCGCCCCUGGCUGGAGCAGCAGAUUACAAGCGGGCUCAUUCAGGGUCUUCAUUGGGUCAAUGAGGAGAAAAGGAUAUUUCAGAUACCCUGGAUGCAUGCAGCCAGGCAGGGAUGGGAUUUGGACAAGGAUGCACCUUUAUUUAUGAACUGGGCGAUUCACACAGGAAAAUACCGACCUGGUAUUGACAAACCAGACCCUAAGACAUGGAAGGCAAACUUUCGCUGUGCAAUGAAUUCUUUACCAGACAUUGAGGAGGUGAAAGAUAAAAGCAUAAAAAGAGGAAGCAAUGCUUUCAGAAUGUAUAGGAUGCUCACUCCGACUGAAAAAGCUGUGAAGAAAGGCAAGAAAAAGAUUGACCUAGAGCAAAGAUCAAAAAGGGUUUUUCAGAAACGGAAAGCAAGCACUCCUCGAAAAUAUAAAAUGCUAAAACAACUAGAGGGGAUGAAGGAAGAAACUGAAAUCAGGCCAGACAGCACUGUACUAUUUGCUGAGCAUGAAUACUACCUUAUGCCCACAUCACCUAUAAGGCAGAUGACUGUUGGAGAACUAACUGAUGUGUGUGCAGUUGUUGAGGUCGGCACAGCAGACGAAGAUCUUUCUAUUAGGUCUACUGAAGGGUCUUACCCUCUCCAGGAUUCACAUAUUUCAUCUUGCAGCGAUAGUGACACAGAGAGCACACACAGUGAAGAUGAUUUAGUGCAGCUUCCUCAGGACCUGUCUUUAAAUGCUUCGCAAAGAUCAUCGAGCAGUUCCGUGUUAAAAAUCCCACCUUCAGAUCAAUCUCCAACAUUCAGCACAUUAGGAAAAACUAAUUUUAGAGUGACCAGCUACAGAGAAGACUCACCCCUCAUUGCAUAUAAUACUGCUCCAUGGCUACCCUUCCUGUUUAACUCACAGAAUGAAGUGCAACCCUUGAGCCUGACCCCUACACUGGAUCUCACCUGCAGCCCAACUCGGGCAAGUGUGAUAGCAGACGCUAUCGAUCUUUCCGUUACAAAAGGCAAAGCACAAUGCUGAAGAC